GGUUGGAUAUCCCCUUACUCUGAAAUCUACAAUGAUUCAGGAAUCAGAGGAUUCUUUGUAGGACUGGCUCCUAAACUAAUAUUAGAUCUCCUCACCUUGUGGCUUGCCAGGACUAUGUACUACACCUUCAGUAGACUAUUCGUAGAUGAUAAUAUGACAAAUGUAUCCGAGCUCAGGAGCUAUGCAAACAUCAUUACAGGUUUUCUAGCGAGUAUGAUAACCUAUCCAUUCAGCCUCAUCAGUAGUAACAUCAUUGUCAAUAAUUGUGGAUUGUUAGCUGGCACGGCACCUUACGUACCAGUCUAUGUGAACUGGGUUGAUUGUUGGAGGGACCUCAGAAAGAGGGGACUUCUCAAGCGUGGCUCUAGCCUCUUCUUCAGACGCUACAACCCCAAGAUGGUAGUCUUCCAGCCGGAGCCGGUUACUCCUUUAGACUAGGCUAUAUCUCAACGUCUCCCACCCCCAGCCUUGCCCUUGAUGACCCCACCCGCCUAUAGAGCCCCUCCCCUUUCUCCCUUCUCUAUAGAAUUACGUCCCUCCACUCUCUAUCGGGAUUUCAUGAUUCCAAUAUUCAAUAUUUAAACCCAUUGGCCCGUAUUCUGAAGUUAGGUUAAACUUAGACCAUGGUCUAACUUUGUGUUAAAAUUAUGGGAAGCCAAAUAUGUCAAAAUUAUGUUUUCAUUGAAUGCUUCUAAUGUUCACUGUGCUCUUUCCUCCUAAUUUUGUUAUGGUGAAGAAAACUAUCUUAUUCAUCCUUCCCAGACAAUUAAGAAUUAUUUAAGACUAAAAUGAGCUGAUGCACUCAUCCUCUACUGUUACAGAAUUAUGCCACAACUGGCUUCCCAUAGUUAAACCACAACUUUAAACCAGAGUUUGAAUUAAACCUGACUUCAGAAUACGGGCCAUUGGCUAUUGAAUCCUGUGACUGUACUAUCCAUACAGAUUAUAUGAUUCUCAUAGGCUUUGUACAGGGAACACCUGGUUACAGUAGGCAAUGGGUUAACCUUUCGACUACUGAAUCCUGUGAUUCCCAUAGACUGUAUUAUACAGAGACCAACCAGUUUCAGUAGGUAGAGGGUUAACCUGUUGAAUACUGAAUUCUGUGAUUCCCAUAGACUGUAUAAAGAUACCAACCAGUUUCAGUAGGUAGAGGGUUAACCUGUUGAAUACUGAAUUAUGUGAUUCCCAUAGACUGUAUAAAGAUACCAACCAGUUUCAGUAGGUGAUGGGUUAACCUGUUGACUACUAAAUUCUAUAACUACCAAAGGUCUUUUACAGGGACCAAUAGGCGACAGGCUACAACCCCCCCCCCCUUCCCCUUCUCUCUCUCCUUUCCCCUUCCCUCAGAGUUUUAAUCUCAUCUAUGAUGUAAUCAUGGUGAGAUGUAUGUCUAUUUUUCUCGAUAUGACCUCUGACCCCUCUUUUACUUCCCAAUCUUUGCGUACAAACGCAGCAAAGCUAGUCUUGAUUUUUCGCAAUAUUUUAUAUCAACUGUUCAUGAUGAUUGUCGUAUAUAUCUCGAUGAAUAAAUUCUCUUUUGUGGGUUCAGUAGGGAAAAAAAAUGAUUAUGUAUUUUAAACUUGAGAGUAAACUUUGGCUUUAUUCAAUAACAGUCCACAUAUUUGGUAAUUCCAUGCAUAGAAACUCUUUGAUGUUAAUCUCAAGAGCUAUACAAACACUGUUCAUCAUUAGUAUUGUGAUGAUGAUGUCUCCUACUGCGACCACCCUCGAUAAAUUUGCAUUAAGAGCAGGGUGCUACAUAACUUUUUAGAAGUAGAUUUUUAAAUAGUUGGAAUAUACUUGCUCAAAAAUCUAUUUCACUUGCCCGAAAAAAUCCUUGAAAAAAAAUUGUUUACCUCUUCAAAGGAAAGUUUUGCGGUUUUAUAAACCAUUGACCUUCUUUCUUUUGACUGACCAAUCUACCUUGUUAUUGCAUUUCUUUUUCCAAAGUGAUUUUAUCUUGCUUGCAAUGACCAAAAUUAGGGUCAAUAUCAUAUCGACCCUAAUUUUGGUCAUUCUACUGUGAGAAUUUUGCUUGCCCAAUUCAGGCACGUAGUUUUGGUCUUUACUUCAAAACACUUGCCCGACUCUAACUUUUACUUCCUGCGGGCAAUCGGACAAGUGCUUAUGUAGCACCCUGAUUAGGAGCAAUGACCCGUAUGGGUCUAUCAAUAUCAUUAUAUUAUUCUUUGCGGUUGAAUGCAGAUUUUGCUUUGAAGGUUCAUUUGUACUUUUUGUAAGUUUUGAUUUGGCAUAUAUUUGCAAUGAACUCUUUGGUAGCUGGAAGCAUUUUAAUUUUUUUUAAAUCCAUAUUCGAUGGGAUGGAUUCAUUACAAGUUAUGUUUUUAUGAAUGGAUAGUCUGUGGGUCUACCGUCUUCUAUAAUAAAAUAUGGAGAUAUGUCGUGGUAACAUUUAAAGCAUGUACGAACCAAUAGCGCCAUCUCGAGUUCUCAACUUCUCAUAUCUGGCCAGUUUCCUGACCCACAAUGCUAGUGCAGUCUAGUAAUAUAGACCCACUUGAAUGAUAACAUGCUAAUUAAGUACUCAAUACAUUUAUACUGCAAUAAUUAUGCUACCAAGUAGCAAAACAAUUACUCUUCCUCUCAAAACAUUUUAGUUUCUCUUUACAAAUACAAUGACAGGUCAGUUUAUUCUGUUGUAAAAUAGUAGAGAUCUGGAAACGUAUAUUUCAAGACUAUGUAUUUAUAACACACAGUCAAUGAGAGACCACACACAGUUCACUCGCCCUUUAAGAUACUAGAUGUAAAUUUAGAAUUUUCAUGAACACUUAAACCCGACUGGUUGAUUUGCAAGAAAUUCUAAAAAUACAUGGAAUUUUUUUACAUAUCAAGAAUGGUAUGGAAAUAAAAGAGUGACAUUUGAUGUAUCAAAUAUCAAAUUUUAUGUGAUUUUGUAUCGUCCAAUUAUGAUUACCUCUCUGUUACUUAUUGCAAGCAAGGUCAAUGCAAUAGAAUGUUGAAGAGAAUGUAGCUCAUCAACCGUUUUAUCAAAUAAUGAAAUAGUAUUCAGCUGUAUCGCUUUGUGUGUACAGGGGCGGGUGUCAUGAAUAGUUACGAUUAAUGUUUGCGAUUAAUUGUAACUUUUUGUACAUGGAUCACCAUAGACUUACAGUUAUGAUUAAUUGUACAAUUGACUUAUGUUUUUGUGAUACAGGGCCUUAGAUCUUGUAUUCAUAUGGACCUGCAGCUUUUUGUUCUUUAUGUUGUUAUCAAAUAACUGUAAAGAGAAAAUUAUGUAUGAAAUUAAUUUCUAAUAAAAUAGGACCUUGUAAUUUUUAAAAGCAUUAUAAUGCAGUAAAUACUGGAUAAUCAUCUGUCCCCCUGAUAUUUUCAUGUUAAAUGAUGUUAAUAUGACUGCAGGGUGCUUUUGUAAAGCAGUGCUUUCAAAACUGAACAGGCUUAUACUGCAGUAUAAAAUAAAUAAAAGAUAAGAAUGAAUAAAUAAUGAAUAUUAUAAAUGCCUGGGUGUGUUUCAUAAAGAUAUAAGGGUGACUAAAACAAUCGCACUUGAAUUCUUCCUUGCAUUCGUUAUAUAAUGCAUCGCCACGUUGGUCAGAAUAUGCUCAGAGGACAUGCAAUACUCAAUACUGUAUAGUUAUCAAUAAGGUUGUAUUACUUUGUUCAUUUGGCAUUAAGUCCUACUUAGCUCUUCGUGAAACACCGUCCUUAAGAUCAAGAUGAACAAUAGUGAUACGCCAAUCACUGAAAUCUUGCUAUAGAAUGAAGUCUCACUUUGUUAUUUGAGAUGAUAUUCACAUUCCUCUUUAAAUGUAAUUUUCGCUCUUUUUCAAGUUAGUACUCUAGAUAUCUUUUAUCGUCAUGAUGAAAACUGCUUUUAUAUUUACAUGCUCGCUUUGUUUUUAUAGAACGGUAGCUGGCAGUACAAAAUCUUCAAUGUCAUGUGUAUUGGGGAACAUUGAGAUAAAAGUGAUUAUGUUAAUCAUUUAAUUUCCUUUUUUUUUCUUCCCAAAAUAAUUAUUUUGUUUAAAUUUUGUAUUAGUAUGUUUCCCCCCGAACAAAUAUUACAUGUUGAUUUAUGCAUAAUUUGUCAGUCGGUGUACUAGCAGACAUAAUAUUAGAUUAUCACAUUUAGCCUGCCCAAGUAUACCUUCUGUUGUUGAAUCAUCGCGAAAGAUUUCAGAUUCAAGGGCGGUUUCAAGUUUGGUUCGACCUGUCAAUAAUUUUGAGAUUUCUUUACCGAAACAAUUAGUAACAUCAAAGUAUUCUGAAAACCAUAAUUUCUUACUCAAUUCAAUCUCAUAGAUAUGCUUGGUGUAAAAUUACGAUUUUUCCCAUUUAAAAAUCACUCUUUUGCGAUCGACUUUUGAUAUAUGUUUGCAUGUUUUCAAGUACUAAGGGCAGUUGAAAGGGAAAUGAUCUGUAACAGAUUGAUGUUUAAAUGUGAAAUACUUUGUGAGUAAAUAUGAAUGAUCCAUGUGAAGAGAAUCUAUUAAAGAAUGUUUGCAUACCAUGUA